AACACAAAGAACAGUGGAAAAGAUUGAUAAAAAAUGGAAAGCAAAGUGUUUUUCUCAAUGAUCUUAGUUGCAUCAUCUCUUUGGGCUGCAACUUUUGUCACUCAAGGAGUCGCUCAAGUGCAAACACCAGCAACAAUUCCUGGCAUUUUUCCUGGUUUACCUAUUGAUUUGGUAAAAUGUUGGUCGUCUCUUUUUAACGUUGAAGGAUGUGUGCUCCAAAUCUCCAAUUCGAUUCUUUCCGGCAAGUUUGAAAAUCUCGAAGCAGCGUGUUGCAAGGCGUUCUCAUCCCUAGAUGCAAAUUGUUGGCCUCAAAUGUUUCCACUGAACCCAUUCUUCCCACCUUUCCUCAAGGAAAAUUGUGCUCGCAUCGUUCCCAACCCACCUACACACAAGUGA